AUGGGGUGUUGCGUUGCCGGCGGGCUGGAGGGAACACGCGCCGGGCCGCUGCGGCCUGCUGGCUGCUGUGGCACCCAGACCUGCGCGAUCGUCUCCGGGAGCGCGGCUGGCCUGUACAAGGGCUUCGAGCUGCCGCACCUGCGGGCUAGGUGCGUGCUGCGCCGGAUGUGCCGCGCGCGCGCGGGCUUUGUGGAGCGCUGGCGCUGGCGCUGGCGAAUCGGGCGAGGGCCGGAACGGAGCGGCGAGGGCAACCUCAUCCCCAGAGGCGCGCUCCAGCCCGCCGGCAACGCAACACCGCUGAGGUGA